CAUUCUUACCCCAAAUCCUAAAUAAGUUAAUUACCUUCAUUUAAAAUUCAAAUAAACCCUACCAAUACUAGAUCAAAUUUAACCCUGUACCCAAUUUUAACUAUAAAAUGGAUUCAAUUCAACUUUGGAAUCAUCAGAAGUAUCUGAGCAACUCCAACACAUACAUAUCAUUUUUAUAAAUAUGUUUAAAUUGAUUUUAAUUUCCACCCUCUUAGCGGUGGUUGCAUCGUACGAAGCUGUCUCAACCAUAAAUUCCAACUCAGAAGCAUGGAAUCCCGUGAAAGUAGUCAGAGAUGGCGGUUGGGGCGGUGAAAGGAAUGGUGAUAAUGGAUGGGGAAAAGGAUGGAAUGGAGGAUGGGGUAAUGGUGGAAAUAGGGGUGAUAGAGGCGAUGGUCAAUGGGGUUGGAAUGGAAAUGGAAAUUGGGGUGGAAAAGGAUGGAGUGUUUGGAACCGAGAUGGACGUGGAAAUGGAUGGGGUAACAACAAUAAUUGGGGUGGAAAAGGAUGGAGUGGUGGAUGGGGAAAUAAUGGUGGAUGGGGUAAUAAUGGAGGAUGGGGAAAUGGGGGAUGGGGAAAUAAUGGGGGAUGGGGAAAUAAUGGGGGAUGGGGAAAUAAUGGGGGAUGGGGAAAUGGAAGGUGGGGAAAUAAUGGUGGAUGGGGUUGGGAUAAGAAAUG